AGCCGCCGGACCCCGGACCCAGCCCGCCCGCACCAUGGCCGCCCCCAGCCUCGCCUGCUGCCUGCUCGGCCUCCUGGCGCUGACCUCCGCCUGCUAUAUCCAGAACUGCCCCCUGGGCGGCAAGCGGGCCGUGCUGGACCUCGACGUACGCAAGUGUCUCCCCUGCGGCCCCGGGGGCAAAGGCCGCUGCUUCGGGCCCAGCAUCUGCUGCGGGGACGAGCUGGGUUGCCUCGUGGGCACGGCCGAGGCGCUGCGCUGCCAGGAGGAGAACUACCUGCCGUCGCCCUGCCAGUCGGGCCAGAAGCCGUGCGGGAGCGGGGGCCGCUGCGCCGCCGCCGGCAUCUGCUGCAGCCCGGACGGCUGCCGCGGCGACCCCGCCUGCGACCCCGAGGCCGCCUUCUCCCAGCUCUGAGACCCGCCGGCCCCCGACACCGUCGGAGCGCAGCCCUCGCUCCCUCCGUAGCCACCCCCAGGAACUAUGACUAUUAAAUAAAG